AAUCCUCACUAGGUUGAAUACUAGUACCAUUCAGUGCAAAAGGCCAUCGCCGCAUAAUUCGAUCCUCCGCGCAUACAGUCGACAGAUUGACAAAGAAAAUAUCGACAACAGAUUACCCUGGAAAUAACAAAGGAUGGGUCAUUCAAAAGUGAAGGGGUUUUUGUCGCUAUUUUUAUCAUUCUAUUCUGCCUUUGUGGUCUCGGUCUUCUUGAUGGGUCCAUUUCUGCCGUUGAUGAUUCUUGCUCCGCAGAUCUACCGCCGGAUCACAGAUCGCUUCAUCGGGCUCUGGAUGAUGCUGCCGGUGUCGUUACUGGAGAUUUUCUAUGGCUGUCGUUUCAAGAGCAUUGGUGACAAACUGGUGCCGAACGAACGUAGCCUCCUCAUCUUGAAUCACCGCACCCGGAUAGAUUGGCUUUUCUUCAUUGCCUGCAUGAUGAGACAAACCAACUCUUCGGACCUCAAGAUCAUCCUGAAGUCCCAGCUCAAGAACGCACCAUGUCUUGGUUGGUCCAUGCAGGUUGCCUGCUUCAUCUUCCUAUCCCGCCAAUGGGUCAAAGACCGUGUCUGGAUGACUACCGUCCUGAAGUACUUUGCGGAGCUGCGGUACAACUUCCAGCUCCUCCUCUUCCCCGAAGGCAUCAAUUUUUGUCGGACAGGUCAAGAGAUCAGUAAUGCCUAUGCCCAGAAGAACGACCUACCCAUGUAUAAGUAUGUUCUUCAUCCCCACACUACAGGUUUUUCCUUCACUUUGGACUACCUGAAGCAGAUAAAGAAGGUUGACACUGUCUAUGACGUGACCGUGGCCUACUGUGACGUUAUCCCGGAGAAGGGCGAGAUUGACUUCUUCAGAGGUAACGUUCCCAAGGAGAUGCAGUUCCUGAUCCACAAGUAUCCUGUCAGUGAGCUUCCCAACAACAAGGAAGACCUGGACAACUGGUGCGUGGAGAAGUGGAAGGAGAAGGAGAACCGUCUUGAAAAAUUCUACACUGGAUCCAAGACGUUUGUGGGCCAGGAAGGUGGUGAACUGCUGGACCUCUCUGCCAUGUGUCUCCCGAAGGUCUACUUUGUCAUCACUUUCUGGGUGACUGCGUUCUUUGGUACCCUGUACGCCAUGAUCUUCUCCUCCUUUGUCUUUUGGAGUGUUAUAGUCCUUAUGGCAACAUAUGUCAUAAUGGGUAAGUACUUUGGUGGUGCUGAUAAUCUUGCCAUAGCUAGCUUUAACUUCACUCAGGAUAUCACUCAUAAGGCCAGGACCACUUAGUUAGUUAUAAAGCUCUAAUUGCAAAAUGACCAAGCACAUUCUUGUGCAAAUCUUUGAUUGCCUAUAAAGUCAGGUCCAGUUUUAUGUAUUGAAUCUACUCCAGAAUUGCUGUCAGAGUGCUCUUUUGAAUUAUGUCACAUUACUUUGAAUUGAGAUGUGUGUAUAAUUAAGAAAUAAAUGAUAAUUUUCACGAUAAACUAGAAAAAUAAAUAAUGAUUUCCAUUCCUUAUCAUAAACAAUGGUUGUACUGCACACAUGUAGUGCUACAUCAUCCUGUGAGGAUGUGACACCAUCCUCAAUCAAAGGGUUCUGAUGACCCGCUGCCUUCUGAAACUGGGUGUUGUCUAUUUAACAAAGCUUAUGAGAAUUGAAAGAAUUCAGUAGACACCAAGUCAACGAUGUAUGCUCUACAUGUAGAUGGGAUUGGUAAUGAAUGGGAAGCGAGGACUAAGGAUGCAGUAUCAGCAAAUUUUUUUAUGAAUUCACAGGAAAUAAUACCGAACGGACUUAGGUCUUUACGUCAUGUUUUCAAAUACAAGGAUAUUAACACAUGUUGGCUACAUAUGUCAAGGAGUAUUUUCUUUACUCUCUCUCUCUCUCUCUCUCUCUCUCUCUCUCUCUCUUCAAUUUCCUUGUUAUUACAAAAGCUUCCUAUUGGCUAAUGUCAACAUUGACUGCUUUGUCAAACUUUCAUGAUACACUGACAGGGUGAUGAAGUGUGAUCUAGCAAAGAAUCUUGCAACUCAUGAUACCAGGAAAUCAAAACAAGGCCUUGUCUUUGAAACUCUUUUUCAAUUUCCUUGUUACCAAAACUGUUUAUGUAUGAUAAAACCUAGCAAUCAAUUGAGGGUUGAAUUCUGCCUAUGAUUGCAUUGAUCACUGUUUGCAAUCAAUCGGGAAGCCUUGUGUGAACAGGGCUCCUAGUGUCAACAAUCAUCCUAGAUCAUUCAAAAUACAUCAUGCUCUUUCAUUUUAAACCAUUCCAAUGCGUACAUGUAGUAUUUUACCAAAUUCAAAAUGCAAUGUUAUGCAAAGUUUGGUAGUUCAUGGAAGUGGAUUUUGUAUGUAUUCAUUUUUUUUUUGGAGGUGGGUGGUGCAUGUAGUAAGUUGUAUAUUUUAAUGAACAUGUACAUGUAUGCACUAAGUUAGACUUCUUUUCAAAGAUAAACGUAUAAAGGAAAUGACUGUAUUUCCUGUAAAUCAUCAUUUAAACAAACCAGUUAUACAUGUAUCAUAAUACACAUUAGUAAUUUUUACUUCAGAGAUAUCUACAUUAUAUUCCAUGAAUAUCCCUUCUCAUCUUAUUGCAAGUUCUCACACUAUGUCCAACUUGGUUGCUCAUUCAUGUGUGUCACUUUAUAAACAGGGUAACCUAGAAGUACGGUAUGCUGUAAAUGUGAUUUUAAUCACCUUCUAAUCAAUCCAUAUCAACCCAUGAGAAAGCAAGCGAUACUUGUUUGCUUUAAAGAUUUGAUGUUAUGUAUGCAUGAGAUCAGGGUUUGAAAUUACAUAAAUUUACAAUAAGCAGAUGUACAUUAAGAACAAAAUGCCUUAAAUGAGAGUUUGUAUUAUACAGUGUAACAGAGUUUGAUGUUGUGUUGUUCCACCGCGCAGUGAAAUGAGUGAAUUGCUUUUGGGGACUUUCUUUGCAAGCAGCUAAUUUAGGUUUAUUCUUUAAUACAAAGAAUAAUUUAGAGUUGUAAUGAUGCUUGAUGUAUGCUAUUUGAUGUUGAUUGGUUAAAUGGUGAUACCCUGUAAAUACAUGUAGUGUGUGUAUAACAUCCUUUUUUAAUACAUGCACCAACCAAAGAACCAAUAUGUGACAUGUACAUGUAAAUUUAUGAUACCAAGCUAAAUCUAUAUGGAUUAUAAUUGCACUUGAAUUUUACAUACAUGUAUGUACAUGCAAGUGUUAAUCCUAUAGAAUGUACAUGUAGGUAAUUGUGCUUCUGUUUUAUACAUGAUGAUGAACAAAUGAACACUGUCAUUUAAAAAUGAACAAAUUCUAAUAUUGUUUCAAAACUGCACAGGUAUGGAAGGAAAAGGUACACAAUUUUUUUAAUGUCUUUGAAAUUAUCAUUCUUUGGUUUCUAAUCAAUUGUCAAGACAAAAAAUUGUGAAGUUCAUGUGAACACUGUGUACAUGUACCUCUAGAAAACGUAUGAAGUCAAGUCAAGAAACUACAUGGUGGGGGGGGGGGGGGGAAUUGGCAUUUAUGAUGUACAUUUUAUGUGGUAUUUCAAAUUUUAAGUUUAAAUGAAAGAGAGAAUUAUAGAGACAUGAAGGCAACAGUUAGAUGAUAGUAAACAUCAGAAAAUAUGUAAAUUGGUUGACCAAUGACCAAUACUAUGACAAUGUUCUGCUUGGAAUUUUGUACAUUUAUACAUACUGUACUUAAGUAUAUUUUGCAAUAACAUUAGAUUCUAAUACUAAAUAGGUUCAUUAUUGCGGACUGAAAUAAUCGCUAGAGGGUAUUCAUUUGUCUCGCAAUCUACUAUGGUCAACAAGGAAAUUCGUGAUCACUCUCGCAAAAAGUGUUCACUAGCUUACAAGUUCACGAGCUUUCGAGUGCCGCUGCAACUCUUUAUCAAGUGACGAAAAUUAUCUGAUAACGUAGUCUACUUAUACCAAUCCCCAGGACCGUACGCACGAACACGGGAACAAUAGGUGGGCACUGAUCCGUUGUGUGAUUGGUCGGGCAUUUCACCAAUCAGUGCGUCGAUGUACGGUGCGGCCGGAGAUCUGUAUAUGCAAAUAAGCCUGAGGUAUAUGUAUGCAAAUACGCCGCGAGUCGGCAAUAUGCAAAUAAGACAAAAUUGGCGGACUCGCUAGUUUCCCGUGGGUGGGGGUUGACUAGCUGAGCAGUCCCUCGCUCGGGGCUGGGAACGAUCGGGUCAGCGUGCACUGCCAGGUAAGGGGGUAUUGUGCUGUCGGAUGGUUUGCAUCCAGAAAUCGGAGAUGUCGAUCCCGCUGUCUCUGUUGAAGCUAUUAGGACAAAGAUGUAUACUAAUAGCCUCCUUAAUCCUGCGUGUAUACCAAUGUCUCUCUUUGGCAACGCAAUGUACACCCUCCCAAUCUGGGUGGUGUUGCUUCUCCCAAGCAUGUUCUGCCACUGCGGAUGUGUCGGUUCGCUGUAACCGAACAUCGCGCUUGUGUUUAGAAAUGCGUUCAACUAUCGGUCGGGCUGUUUCACCGAUGUAAGACCCUUACAAGAACAUUAGAUUCAUCAGUAAUUGUUUUCAAGCCUGGUUUUCAUUGGGGCUAAGGUUUUGGCAAGGACACAAAAUUUACAGAGUCUAACAUUCCCAUUUUAUGUGACAAAAGUGCACAAAACCUUUGCCAAUUGUUCAUUGGGGUCACUUGGAAUUGCUUUUUGUUCGUGAGAAGUUUUUGAACAAAAUUAGAAUUACUUGCGAACUAACAGCAACCCCUGCGAACAAUUGGCAAAGCUUCAGAACAUUUACAUGUAAGUCAUGCACUUUCACACACUGUUGUUGGAAAAAUACAAAUGUUGGACUUCGCCAUUUCUUGGCAUUCGCUUCCUUGCAAAACCUGAGCACAACAUAUUUGUGAUCCCCAUGAAAACCAGGCUUAGUGUUGUUUUUGUCUAAUAAGCUGAAAGUUUACUGGUUCAUGAGUCAAAUAUGAUGUGCAGUUAUCCUUAUUCUUUUGAGAUACAUCUGAAAUAGUUUGUUUUUUGUUUUUUGCCAAUCUAAUAAGCCUGUUCACUGAUGUAAACUGCGCACGAGCAGUAAAUGGUCAUUUGUGAUAAACCAUGAAGGCAGUUUUCAAAUUCACUGACAUAGGCAUUUGUGAAUUCACAAUUAUUCAUGUAUUACUCUUAAAAUAUUCUUUUCAUCACAUCCAAGCUGAAGAAUAACAAAGUCUUCAUAAUCACUGGUAUUUGACAGUAGCCCAAACAAUAGUCAAAUGUGCCAAAAGCAGAAAAAACAAUAAGAUUUCCCAACUUUACCCCGAAUGUACUAUUCUAGUCACUGGUCUAUACAAUGCCUUUUGUUCUUAGAAUUUGAAUGCUUUGCUGAGAAAGCUUACGCAACAUCUUCAUUUGAAAAUAUUAGUGCUCAUCCUAAUGAAAAAACGGCAGAGGUCAUUUGAGAAAAGUUUAUAAUGAGCUAACCAUGAGCUUGCAUAUUAUAAUAUACAGUUAAGCUAACGAUUAACUAUAUACGUAGAUAAUGGGGUGGGGCUCGUCUUGUGCAAUUUUCUUUUGGUUUGAGUGGUGCAAUUGUUUGUCCAUUUAAUAAGGGUGACUGCUACAUGUAUGUACAAGUGUGGAUUUGUUUUGCAUUGUUUACAUUAUAUUUUGUGUGAUGAUUUGAUGGCUGAAGUGCAUCAUAAAAUUAAUUUAAUUGAGUUGAUUCAACUGUACAAAUGUAGAUCUACACAUGUGCUGACAUUCUUUACUUUAUUUGAAAAUCUCUCAAUUUCUUGUUUUGUUUGAAGCUUAAUAUGCAAUAUAAAAUUCAAUAUACUUUAUAUAUUUUAGAGGUUUUAUGGUAUGAAAAUUACUCAGAAAUACAUGUAUACUGCCAAAUGUAUGUUGUAGAUUUUAUGUAAUGAUUGCUUUAAUUUAAUUUCAGCUGAAAUGUGUUUUGAGCUCUUUAAAAUGUUGAGAAUCCCAAGCCUAACAUGUAUGUUUCCAAAUUUAUCAAGCAAUAUCUUGCUCCAGACUCAAUUUUGUGGUUGUGCACGUGUUGAGAUUCUCAAUGUGGCAGGAUUUAAUAUGCAGGAAUGGCUUGUUCAAGACUACAUUUGCCGCUGCCAACUCGGUUGCAUGAAAUUUCAAGAACAUACAUGUAUAUACAGUAGGGGAAGGCAGGGUAAGUUGUGACACUUUUUGCAUUUUGUACUACAUGUAAGUACUAACAUCCUCUAAAAGGAAAAGAACAGUCAUGUACAUUUGCUCCUUUCUGCCUGUAUGUCAAUGUUUUUUUUAUUUUUUAUAGAUUACCAUAAGAAUUACCAUGGCUCAACUUGCCCCAUAUUGGCUGGCUCAAAUUCCCCCAGUCCAAACUUAAUGCGAUAUUUUCACAUCUACACAACAUUCUAAUGCAUCCAUCAGGUAAUGAAUGAGAAUCCAUACCUGGACUAACAAUAUUGUUCUUAUUUCUUUGUUAUAUUAAAGAUGUGUGUGGGUAAAAGCACUGAUCUAUUUCACAUUCUUUUUUACUUUUUUGGCUGAAAUUUGUAUUUUUCCCUCUAAAAAAGUACUUUUUGUAAAAGGGUUAUGUAAUGGGUCAUCAAUACAUGACACCACCACAAUAUCUGACUCAUUCAUUAUUGGCCUUGGGGUGGUGGCUCAACUUGCCCCUAUGCUCAACUUACCCCGCCUUCCCCUACCUAUAGACCUUAUGCAUUGACACCAUCAUGCCGCCAUCUUUAAAGGAAAGUUCACCCUAACAAAAAGUUAACUGUAAAAAUAACAGAAAUAUUUAAAAAUAUCGGUGAAAGUUGGAGGAAAAUUCAUCACAGAUUUAUAAAGUUAUUAGAAUUUUAAGUUUUUGAUUUGUGACAUCGCAUGCGAGCAGCUUCACAUGAAUCUUGAAAAAAAUAAAAAAUCAAUGGAAUGUCAUUUUCUCAAAAAAUAGAAAAUGGGUUUUAUUGUACCUUUAUUAGUACAUCAAGAGAUAAAUUAUUUCACACCCACUCCUGAAAGAAGAAAGUGUUCAGUCAUCACAAACCAUUAAAAAAAUAAAAAUUUAUUCAUUUUUUAUCAUAAAAGUAUGGGGCAGCUGCUUGUAUACAAAUCAAUAACUCAACAUUCUAAUAAUUUUCUUUAUCUUUUAAUGGAUUUUCUUCCAUCCUUCACCAAUAUUUUUUCUACUAUUUUUACAAUAGACUUUUCAUCAGGGUAGCCUUCCCCUUUAAGAGGCUGAAGCCAUUGCCUUGCAUGCAUUGGUGAUCUGCAGCUGGAGCAUCUCUGACAACUCCAUUUACAUGUAUUCGUAUAUCCUCUGAGGGAGGGCGCUUUGAGAUUAUGAUGUCAUAGAUGCAUAAAUAAGGUCUAUCAGAAUAUUUGUAUUAUGGUUGAAAUUCAACUUAGGACACAGCACUUGCUUUGAUAACAGCUGUGUACAUGUAGCCAAAGAAAUCACAAGCGAUUAAUCAUAUUUUGUAUAUUAUAAUCAGCAGGCCCUUGGAUCAAUACAAUAUUGUACAUACAUGCCCAAUAUGCAACAUGCACCCUUACAUAGAUAAAUGCAUGGUAUCAAGUGGCUGUUGUUUUCCUUUGGAAUAGCUGGUACUUGUAUGUGCCUGGAUUUUUGUAUCAAAGGUAUGAUGAACAAAUUAAGAUUAGACAUGGUGCAUAAUAGAUGCUAAUAUUUUUCCAUAACAUGAAGGUGUAGAGGGGAAAAGACACUCAAGUUAGUUUAUUGAUUACAUGUAGUAGUGUAUGUAACAUGGUGCUGUGUUGAACAUCAGUUGUUUGUUCUUUUUUUUUGAUAUUUCUCAACUCAUUCCAUACAUAAGUAUCACAUGCACAGAUACAUUGUAAUUUAAAAAAGCAUACAUUUCAAAACAAAUCCAAAUAAAUAGUUCAUUUUUUAUACAAAAUUCCACUUUUUUCGAUGCACGUUCAUCAAAUUCGGUUUAAAAGCAACAAUUCUCUCAAUUGUUUCUAUUUUGUCCAAACCAAGUAUAAAAUGAGCCAAAGUGGGUUUGUUAUUCUUGUAUAAUACAUGAAAACAUUUAAAUGAAAUAUUUUGCAAACAACACAAUUAUAUUGGUAAGAUGAAAGUUUACAAGAAACUCCCAAAAAAAAUUUAAUGUCACUGAAUUUUGAAGGUUCUAAUACAUGCUUGGCCUUCAACCAUUCAUGAACUUUGUUCCAAAAUGAAAUUCACAUCUAAGAAAUAGAUGAUUAAUUGUUUGAAUGUGAUUUUCACAGAAAUUACAAAAAGGAUAAUCUUUUACUCCAAUUUUAAUUUUAAAAUCUUGUGUUGAAAUUCUUCUAUAAAUAUAUUUGAAUUGGAAGUUUCAAAGUUUAGUAUCAAUUGAGGACUUAUAUAAAAGAGGGAAGUGAGAGUUCCAAAUAUGAGAGUCUGACAGAUUAUGACUCAGAUCAUCUUGCCAUUUGUUUUCUUGUUCUUUUUUUUUUAAGGUGUUUCUAGAAUAUUGUAAUUAGUAGUUGUAGUACUUCGUAAUAGAGGUACGUGUAUUUGAAGUAUUAUGAUUGUAUUAUUUUUUUAUUACUUUUAUCAUUAUUGUUGUUAUCACUAUCAUCAUCAUCAUCACCAUCAUCUUCAUCAUCAUCAUCACCUUCAUCAUCAUCAAAAACAAGAUCAUCAUUCAUCAAUCCUCAUCGUCAUUGACAUUUAUUCUUGUUGUUAGUAUUUUGUUUAAGUGUUUAAGUGUAUCAUUGUAAAAUAUACCACAGAAAACAAGAUACAACAUAUAAUUGCUACAUGCAUGUAUCAACAUUUAAAGGGCACACUGACAAAGAUUAGAAUAAUAGUGAAUUACAGAACACUUAUUCUUGCAUACAUGUCGUAGUCUGCAUUCAAAGGUCUUACUGUAAAACUAAAUGUUCAAUGGUGGGCACUAUGAGUAUCGUUGAACAUUCCAAUCUUCAUUGUGAGCUAGUGACCGUCCAUUAAUUCUUUGUGAAAAUUUGAAUUUUACAUUAUGAGAAUAUUUAGUGCGCCUCUCUCUCUCUAGUUUAUUUUUUCUUUAAAAAGGAUUUCUUUAAUAGGAUUGUAUCAUUUGCAUCAAGUGUACAUACAUGUACAUCUUGGAUAAAGAUUCAAUCGUGGAAAUUCUAGCCCAUUCCAUGCCACAGAAAAAAAUGUUUCAUACCAAAAGAUAAAGUAUGCAGUUUUUAUUUUUGUUAAUUCAAUUUUUAUGUGUUUAUGUAUUUAUUACUGUUAUACUAUUUUUUUUGGGGGGAUAGGUUAAUCUUGAUCACAUGAAUUUUCAUGUUAAAUUGCAAAAUACAUGAAUAUGAAACAUGCAUUUAUUUAAUAUUUCCCGUGUAGUUUUGGGACAUACACUUUGUGUAAUGUGCAUGUAGUAAUAAACAAGAAUGCACUUUUUUUUUUGGGGGGGGGGGAUUUGUUAUGGGGCCAAUGUAUGGCAUUUUGUCUCUCCCUGUACUUACCUGCUUUGUUGUUUAAAGACCCAGACCAGACCCAAAAAUGAAAAUGACGAAUCACAUACCAAUCGAAAGUUUAAAGACUACUAAAUACAGCAAUGUAAGCUUUAUGCAUUUUCACCGCUUAACAGCUGAGUAUUUGGCUAAAGAACAGCUCCAAUUAUCAGGCUUAGAAAACAGGCUUUAUUGUGCUUUUCAUCGGCCUCAAGACCGUGACGUCACUUUGUGUGAGAAGCAUUGUGAUUCCAUAGGUUUGUACACAGAAAAACUGGGUGAUUUUUUUGCUUUCCAGAUUACGCAUUUCACAUAUAUUUUUUCCCGCAUGAAAUCUACAGUUUUGGACUAGUUUUUGCCGUAUUUUAUUUCCUGCUUAUAUGGCGCAGAUUUCAAUUCUAUCUCCAUUCAGAUUAUGUGUAACAACUUUUCCUGACAGCAAUUUAGGCCCAAUAAGAGCCACACCAAAAAAUUAGUGAAUAGUUGUAAGUUUCCCUCCAUUUGAACACUGAAUAAUUGUGACUGCCAUUUUCAUCUGAUAAUAAAAAAAAAAUUGAAUUCAUAAUCUGGAAAUCAGAAAAAUCACAAUUUUUUUGUACACAAACCUAUGGAAUCACGACCCUCCAUACACAACAUGACGUCAUCAUUUUCAUGCGACGUGGGGGUGCUCAAUCGAAACAUGUUCAGGAGGAGCGAUAUCUUUGAUUUCUAUUUAAUUUUUUAACUAAUGGAAGGAGAUAUAUGUAAUAUUUUUGGUAUAUUUCUAUUCUAUGAAUCAUUACCUUUCUGUUGAUGUAUGGUUGUAUUUACCCUGGUCAGGGUCUUUAAGUACAGUUUUUGUUUGAGAACUGCAUUGAAAUGUUUUGUGCUUUCAAAAAAAAAGUUUGAAAUUUCUUUUUCAAAUCCAUGGAGUCACAAUUGAUGUAAAUUUAAUACUGUACUUACACCUUUUCUAGCUAUUUCUAUGUGUCACAAUUUUAUAAGUAUGUUUGUGUACAGAGCAGAUGUGAAAUACAUAUAGUGUGAAUUACAUGUACAAUCACAAAGUGCUUCCAUACCGAAAAAUAGCCUUUAAUGGAGAAUUUGGAGUAUAUCAAUAAAUUGAUCCUUUACACUUAUAUAUGAAGUUUAGACUAUCAAGUUCAGCUGGAAAGAACACUAAGGCCCGUAUUCUGAAGUCAGGUUUAACUUAGACCAUGGUCUAACUCUGUGCUAAAAUUACGGGAAGCCAACAGUUCAAAAUUUCUGUUUAUAUUUCUUAUGUUUACUAUUUUGUUUCCUUUUGCUUUCAUAAUGAAGAAAAGUAAUUCAGUUAUUAUUCCCAGACAAUUAUGAACGAUUUGGGUGUCAUAAUUGAAUGUGUACUGCAAGGGAUUUGUGCUCCAGUUGGCUCUCCAUAGUUAAACCACAACUUUAACCAGGGUUUAAUUUAAACCCGAGUUCAGAAUACGGGCCAAUGUCCCACACUAUAUCCUAGUGUGUUCACACUGUGGAACACCAAGAAUAUCAUCACCUCACCGUUAAAUUUGAGCAUUUUAACAGUACAAAUCACAUUUUAGUAGUUUACUUAUGUGAACACACUGGAACUUUCACACUGUGGAGGUGUCCACAUUGCAAAUUUACAUGUAUUUUCACACUGAACAUUUUAGCAGUGUGCACAUUUUCACAUGAUCCACUAUGUGAACACUCACGCUAAAGUAGGUAUCCACAAUGUGAACACAUUACUGUGGUUGUGUCAAUAAUUUGAAAUUUUCUUCACUCUGUUCAAUUUGAACAUUUUAAAAGUGUGCAUCACAUAUUCACAUAGUCCUCCAUGUUAACAUACUGUGUGACAAAUUGUCUGGCUCUGUGUUCUAUCCAGCAAGGUUAUUACAGUACAUCAUUGUAAUCUAUUUGAAUUGUAUCAUUAUUAAAAUCUUUUUCUGUGAGAUUGUGGUAUAAUGUAAUGUGUAGAAAAUGUGAAAAUUAGGGUAGGGUAAACACUAUCCAAACUCUUGUUGUUGUUUUUUUUUUAUCAAUCAGCACUCCCUGAAUACACUGUACUUAUUUCCCCUUUUUUCUCAUUUUUGGGGUAUCAUUAUACUGAACUGAUGUCUGGUUAUGAGCAUUCAGAGAUGUUUCAAAUUAGAAUGCAUAGACAUGUACAGAGUGAGAAAUAACUCUCUUUAGUGAUCAAUUAUUAGAAGAGUAAAUCAGUCAGUAUUGAAAAUGAGUAUUAAGUACUAGUAUGUUUACACAUACAGUGGCUGCCGAACAUGACAUGGGGAGGGAGGUUUAGGGGCUUCAGCACCCCCCCCCCCCGAUGUUUGCAGGAAAAAAAAAUGAAAUCUGCGAUCAAAUUGUAACUCUGCAUGUUCAGCCCCCCACUUUCAAACUCAAUCUGCAGAAUACAAAUUUACAUACAAUACAGGGUGAAGCCCAUUUUAUCUAAUAUCAGUUCAAUAUCACCUUAACAUGAUAAAUAUAUGGUAUAUGUGGUGUGCAUUUCACUUUGACUUUGUAACACGUAGGUAACAUAAAACACAUUGUUUGAUAUUUCAAAUCUGUGUUUUCACCCCAUUGAAAAGUGCAUUGAGACAUGGGUUGGAUUUUUUUCUUCUUCUUUGUUCAUAGUAAACGAGGGCAACUUCAACUGAUUGGAUAAUACUUUUACUCUAAAAUUAACUCUGCAAUUAAUUAUGUUUGUCAAUUGUCAUAAACCAAUGAAAGAAAAGAAUGUUUGCCUUCAUAAUCAUUCCAUAGUUACAUGUAUAUAAUCCGUUUCCAGCUGCUUAUUUCCAGUAUUGUAAAUCGUGUUUGAGACCAGGUUCUGAUUUUAUCAUUUUGUAGAAUGAAAAAGAGUAAUAAUGUAAAUAGCUUUAUAAUUUUUUGCUAGUAUUUUGUAUGUUUUGCAGUUGAAUAAAUUCACUUUAUUUCUCCAGAUUGUCUUGGAUAUCUUAUAAUUUAAAUUAGACAAAAUAAAGAAAAUUCACCAGAA